GGUCGCCGUCAUUGCUGCGUACCUAUACCUUUAACUGUCUAUGCUAUCUAUGAAUGCACUGAUCGCUGUCCUGAGAGCAUGUGUGUGUGUUUAGAGAAUUCGGUUGUGAUGCUAACGUUGCGCUUUAACGUAACUUUAAACAUUUAAAUGUCAAAACCCGGUUCACUUACCGUCAAGAAACUCAUAAACGUCAAUUAUCAAAACUGACGACGUGAUCAGAGAAGACUGCUCAAAUUCAAUCUUUGCCCAGGUGUAGUUGGAGCCCAAUGAUGGGUUUCUGGCAGCCGGUGACCAACCUUAGAGAUUACGUAUCCCAAAAUCCUCCAGGGGUUACAUUCUUCCUCUGUCUGUUGACUUUGGCUAUCUCUUUUAUCUGCCUCAGCUCUUACAGCUACACUCACACUCUGCCUAACCCUGACACAGCAAAGGACUGGAACCAUCUGCUGUCCUCCUUAUCUAAGUUCCAGCUGUGUGUGAAAGCCAAUGCAAGUACAUCUGAGCUUGUCUCGCCCGUCCCUUCUCCUCUGAUGGAUAGAAACAUUUCAGUUGACUCUACAAAGACUCCUUCUCUCACCAUGUUGCGUCUCAAGGUUCCUCUGGCUGUGACUUCCAACUCAAACAGCGGCUUUCCAAAAUACCUUGGUUUACAGACUGCCUUGAGAGCCAGUCAAUUACAUCUUGGCGGCAACGAGAUUGUUAAUCUGACUGUAGAGGUUUUGUCUGGAAAUGAUACCUACACCUGCCUCACCAUUAAUGCCCAAACACACCUCCUGCCCAUGAGCCUACUUCCGCCAGAGUGCCCUGCAUCUGAAAACAACAUUUCACCCAUCCAUGUGGAAGCGGGCAACCAGCUGCCUACAGCAUCACAGACCUGCUACAGUCUACGCUCCAAGAACGACCCUACACUCACAAUCAUGUUAACACAGGUGGAGCAGAGCGUGGCGGUGCAACAUCUGUUGGAAGUCAGUGUGUGUCUGCUAGGAGUUUGUUUGAUAAUCUGUGUAGCUGCUAGUCUGACACAGCCAACCCUACGCCGCUACCGUUGGAAUGGACUUGAUCUACAAAAUGAACCCUUGAUGGACACCUGAACAUUUUUAUCUGCUGCUUCCUAAACAAAUCAGUUGGAAUUGGAGAGAGAAGAGUGAUACUACUAUUUUAAAGGGGUAUCCCACCAAUUUGAAAAAAGAAACCGUUUUUCGUGGCAUGGGGAAUUCUUAAUAGUUUAUAAAACGGUUGUAUGAUGUAUUCAGUGUCUCUGGAUCUGGAACUCUGGUAGUUAUCUACGCUUGGGAUUGGAGAAUAUUGAAGAUAUUAUGUAGCAUGCAGCAAAGUGAAGA